AGAAUUAACAAUAUGAAAUAAUAGUAAAUUCCAGUGGGUGGAUCCACAUUAACAUUAUUGAUCAAAUAAUAACUUCUGGACAGAGAAUGAUUAGUCCCAGGAAAUAAGUAACGUUAGCCAUCUAACAACUUUAUAUGUUUCGUUAAAAAGAGGCCAUUAUCAUAGUUACGUUUAGAUUGUAACUACCCGGUGCUAGAAUGGGUUGAUGAUACUUUUUUGGGGAUCGUUGGCUGGUUUAAAUGUACUUAACAGCUAAAAUGUUUAUAACCGACAAAUUAGUGACCGACCUGAUCAUAGCGAUUACAACCCUUGGAAUCGCUGCAUAUUUUUAUAUCAAACAUAAGUAUAGCUAUUGGACCAAUAAGGGUGUUGCUCAACUUCCUCCCACUUUCCCUUUUGGCAAUCACUCCAAAUAUUUACCAAAAGGUAUAUCGUUGGGAGGCAUUUCUGAAGAUUUUUAUAACGAAUUUAAAAAACAAGGACAAAAAUUAGGUGGUGUCUAUUUGGGUUUGGAUCCAUAUCUGGUUGUGAUUGAUGUUACAUACGCCAGAACUAUUUUUGGUAAAGAUUUCUCCCAUUUUUUAGAUCGUGGUAUCUUUCACAAUAAAAAAAAUCCCCUUACUGUGAACAUAUUAACGCAAGGUGGAGAAGAAUGGAGAACCUCCAGGGCCAAAUUUACAAGCAUAUUUACAGCUGCCAAAAUGAAAUUCUUCUUUAACACCAUGAAAAAAUGCAGUGAUGAAUUAAAAACUAAUUUGGAAAUCAUAGCGAAAGAUGGAAAUGCAGAUAUUGAUAUUUACGAAGUUAUGGCUUGCUUUUUUACCGAUGUAAUAGGAUCAGUAACUUAUGGAGUUGAUGCCAACAGUUUCAAAUCUCCAGACGCCAUUUUCAGAAAAUUAGGACGAGAGCUGUUCGGAACUUUCAGUUUCCCAUUCAGAAUUGGGUUAUUCUUAACCAUAUGUUACCCCAAAUUUGCCAAAUUUAUUAACAUAGGUAGCUUCCAACCGGAUAUUGAACAGUUCUUCGAAAAGUUUGUACCUGAUGCUCUAGAUCACAGAAUAAAGAACAACAUACAAAGAGCGGAUUUCCUACAGUUAUUGAUCGAAAUGAAAAAUUCUGGAAUUGAACUAUCCAAAAAUGAAAUAAUUGGGCAGUCGUUCAUAUUUUUCACUGCUGGCUUCGAAACAUCAUCAGCAGUUUCUUCGCUUAUGCUUUACGAAAUAUGUAAAAAUCCAGAUGUUCAGGAAAAACUAAGAGCGGAAAUCAAUGAGACUAUUUCAAAAUAUGGAGACUUAACAUAUGAUGCCACUAAUGAAAUGCCAUAUUUUACUCAAAUAAUGAACGAAACCAUGAGGAAAUAUCCUUUAGUGCCGUCACUCCGUAGGGUCUGUGUUAAGGACUACCAAUUCCCGGACUCUAACGUAGUCAUCGAAAAAGGAACUAACGUCAUUUUACCAGUUAUAGGAUGGCACCAUGAUCCAGACCUAUUCCCAGAUCCUGAGAAAUUUGAUCCUAAUAGAUUUGAAGACAAAAAUGCUAAAUACGAAGGAUUUUUUCCAUUUGGAGAAGGACCUAGAAACUGUAUAGGAGCAAGGCUCGGAGUUUUGCAGGCGAAGCUGGGUGUGGCGGAAUUAAUUAGAAAUUACAAAAUCACCCUAAGUCCAAACUCUAAAGAACCAUUAGGAUUUGAUCGACUCACUUUUGUUGCAAAAACUGAGGAUCCCAUUUUAGUAAGGUUAAAUAAAAUUAAUAAAUAAAUGAAUUUGAAAAUACUAUUUUGUUUAAUUAUUUCUCUGGUAUUUUACUUUCAAGCUGCCUGAAUGGCAUUAGAAAUUUUUGUAUGAUUUUGGGUUUGCUCCAUUUGCCCAUUUCCAAAUAAUAUAUUUAAGAAAAAUUGCAUUUUAUUUAAACACAGUUGAAACAAAUAAGACAAUCCCAAUAAAAUAUGUCUAAAUAAUUAAGAAAAUUAAGUAUGCCACUUUUUGGGAGUAGUUAUGGAUGAAAAUAUUGGAAGCUCAGCUCAAAAUAUUUUGCAUUGAAACAGUUAAAGAAACGCAUGAAAAAAAACUGCUUUUAAGUUUUGUGGUGU